AUGGAGGAGUACCGCUUCGAGCAUGAAGAAGAAGAUUAUUUCCCUCCCAAUUUCAUAGCGUACAUGGAGAGUGAACUCAAAUGGUUGCGCCUGGAGGUUUGGCGUUCCUGGACCCAAGUCAGUGGAUGGGUUUUCUGGAGCCGACAGGAUGACCAUCCCGAUCGUCCUCUAUCUUCCGGUAAUGUGGUGGACUUUGUUCCCUAUGAUUGUGCGAGUCUGAAUGUAAGAGUCAAUAUCAGACAUGCUCUCCAAAAAAUGAUAUUGCACCCAAGCCUUGAACGGUUACUUGAAUUGUCCCUGAUUCAAUUUUGGGCAGCCACGAAAACAUCCGAGGGGCGGACUUUGCUUACAACUCAGAACCAACCUUUUGCUCUUGGUCCAACAUAUUACAAGAUUAGUAGACAAUUGCUUGGUGAGUAUAGGAUGACGAUGUGUAGGGAGUAUAAUAACUACUUCUACGCAGAUGCAGAGAGUGGAGAAGAACAACUUGGACUUCUUGGCCGUGUGUUCCUGCAUAAGUUCCCAGAGUCUACUCCAAGUGUGAAGUAUUACUCUCUUAAAGAGUAUCCACAACUUGACCUUGCUUUACGUUGCGAGAUAAACGUAUCUUGGGCUCUGCCAGUAUUUGAACGUUCCAGCCAAACCUAUGUUGGGGUACUUGAGCUAGUGUCCACAUAUGUUGCAAAUUCAGGUUCUGACAUAUCUUUCAUGGACCACCUAGAUGAUAUUUUUCAGGAGUUUGGUCUGCAAUGUUCUAAUGGAUAUAAGCACUAUGAAAUGCAAUGCAGGGAUGAAAAUAAAGCACUUACAGCUGCCAUCCGGGAACUCAAGAUGGUGUUGAGAUCAGUGUGCAAAAUUCAUGAGCUACCCUUGGCUAUGACAUGGGUCCCUUGCAUUGCUUGCAAUGGUUUAGUGCGAGGGCAACUCAUGUCCAAGGGUGUAGAAUUUCGUGGGAACAGAAAUGAUGCAUGCAAAUAUGCCGAGCUUGAGUUCUUAAAAGUAAGUAAAUGUAGUCACUUCAGAAAUGGACGUGUGACAGGGUGGGCACUUUCAUCUCCUAACAUGUUAUAUUGCUCGGACAUAACCCAAAUCAGCUUAGCUGUGUACCCUUUGGCACCCUAUGCACGUCAGUGCAAAUUCCAUGGUUGGUUUGCAAUAGGCUUGCAGAGCAGUUACACUGCAAAUGAUAUUUAUGUACUAGAGUUUUUUUUGCCCACAAGCUACAGAUACGUUGACAACUCAUGGACCUCAUUGGGCUUCAUAUUGAGAACGAUGGAGGAAAAGUUUAAAACUUUUAAGCUUGCUUCUGGCCAAGAAUUUGGGGAUUUAUUAUCUGUUGAAGUUAUGGAUUUUCAGAAUGGUCAGAAACUUCAUUCUGUUCAACUGAUCCAAGCUACUAGAUUUUCUCCUAGUCUUGAACCCUUAAAGGAUGGAGGAGUGAUGUUGCAGGUAGGUCAACUUGAUCAGCCAUCAAUGGAUGCCAUAAACAAUGGAAUAAAUGUCGUUGGUGAAGAACAAAACUGCAUUUUGCCUAGUCUUGUACACUUGCAGAAUGGAGAAGUGACGGCGCAACUAGAUUCAUCUCAUCGGCCUUCUGUUCAACUGAUCCAAGCAACUAGAUUUUCUCCUAGUCUAGAACCCUUAAAGGAUGGAGGGAUGAUGUUGCAGCUAGGUCAACUUGAUCAGCCAUCAAUGGAUGGCAUACACAGUGGAAUGAAUGUCGUUGGUGACGAACAAAACUGCAUUUUACCUAGUCUUGAACCCUUGCAGAAUGGAGAAGUGACGCUGCAACUAGAUUCAUCUGAUCAGCUGUCAAUGGAUUCUUCAAACAAUGGACAAAAUGUUGUCAUUACUGCAAAACAAAACAGCAUUGUGGUUACUAGUUCAGAAGAAGGCAAAAGAAAGACGCAAGAAAGAGAACACAACAAAACUGGAGUUAGAAUUCAAGUUUCUUUAGAGGAUAUCUUUAAAUGUUCGAAAAUGAGCCGUAACAAUGCUGCAAGAAAACUCGAAGUUAGCAUAUCUACAUUGAAGCGUGUUUGUAGGGGUUACGGUAUCCAUCGGUGGCCACCUCGCAACAUAAAGAAAGUCCAUUCCUUUCGGCCCUUGCCUAUUGAGGACCAGGGACAAACUCCACAACUAAAUUCUAAUUUGCCUUUAAAUCAAGCUUCAGCUAGUGUUGCUCACGUAAAGCCCGCAUUCGAAGAUGUAGAUAUGGUGACAAUUAGGGCAAAAUAUGACAAUAAUAUGAUAAAGUUUCGACUGUCUUUGUCGUCUACAUUAGUAGAGUUGCAGCAAGAAGUGGCUAAGAGGCUGAACCUAAAGGCUAGAACUUACUAUGUCAAGUAUAAAGAUGAGGAAGAUGAGUUGAUUUUAAUAGCUUGCGAUGAGGACUUGCAAGAUUGUAUACACACUUCUAGAUCUCUAGGCAACACUUCGCUUGUGGUAGAACUUGAGCCAAAACAGCCAAUUACCCCACUCAUCACCAGCUUGAAUACUGCUAAUUAAGCAUUUUUUUUGCUUGUUUUGUGAGAUUUGAGGGGACCGUGGACCUAAAGAUUGGCAUUCGAUGUGGAGAAGUUGGGGGUUCCUCUAGAUUGGCAUUUCAUUUGAGAAGAUUAAUACUCUCUCCGUUGUUAAAUGGUGGUCCACCAUGUUUUUACGUGUAAUUUUUGAACCAAAAUGUAAGGUACUUUCGUGCAUAAUUUUUUAAAUUUCUUGACACCAAAUUAAAGAUCUCUGCGAGACCUUUAAGCUGUCUCUAGCUGCUACAGUUUUUUGGAUUUGGAGAGAGAGAAAUGGCAGAGUCUUUCAAAAUCUGUCAAGGGAUGCUACUGCUUUACAAAACCUGAUUAUUGGGGACAUUCGUGCCUGCCUUAGCUCCUGGAGAAGGGUUAAGGCUUCUCCUCAGAAUCUAGCUGUUGCUGCUGCUACCUGGAGGAUUCAUAAGAGAGUUUUUGGCCCUUGAACCUUGGAUUUUUGUUUGCAUUUCUUGUCUGGUUUUCCUUACAAGUUUGUUUUGAGUAUGUAAAUCCAUGUCAGACCAUUUUCUGACUUUCUUUGUAGUU